CUGGACUCUGAUCCCGACCUGAUUCCUCUCUCUUGCGGAGGCACUCGGGAAUCUGCUGACGCAGACUCUGCUGUUGCUCGUGAUGCGGACGAUUUCAGCUUCUGGUCUGAGCGGCAGGCCAAACGUAUAUGCUCUGUCAUUAAGCAAGCAUUCGGGGUCGAAUAUAUGCCAGAAGUGGUGAUGGCUGAUGCUAAUUUGACUGCGCUUGCCAAUCGGAUAUUGGUCUCAAAGCAAAUGCUGGUUCUGUAGCCCUUGAUUCAUCACAUUUUUUCAUUCUCUCAGUCUGGAUUACAUACCCAUGCAUCAUGAUGUCUUUCUUUACGUAACGACUGGUUUAUUGCAAUGUGACUCGCCUGAUAUUUGCCCUCACCAACACUCCUCAACCAGUCCACCAAAACUGCCAGAAUCAUUCAUUAUCUUUCUUAGCUUUCAUUGUCAUGGCAAGGAAGACGGAUUAUUAUCUCUCUCAGUGCGCUGUUGCUGCUGGCAAGUCAUCCAUGACAUACCAUCUUGGCGCAGUACUCGUAAAAGGAGGCAAAGUCAUGUCAACGGGUUAUAAUCAUCAUCGCACGCACUAUGACGGAAACGACAUUCUGAAACACGGUCAUCGCAAGCCCACUUCCAUGCACGCGGAAAUGCAUGCCAUCUUCAGCUUGACUGGCAUGUCUCCUUCAUUCAAACAGCAAGUUCAACUCUCGCUCCUACGUACCGCCGCAGCCAAAAGAAGGCCGCGGUUUGAAACACGUCCCACACAAGCUGGACGCAAUGCGCUCACACAGCAGCGCCCACCAAGAGGGUGGGAUGCACGUCGCAGGGACUCAAGGGUAAAUGGUGCAGAUAUCUACGUUGCGCGCGUCAUAAAAAAUGGCUUGGGCGCCGCAAAACCUUGUUGGCGAUGCGUACACUGGUGUUGGUGGUUUGGUGUGAGGAGAAUAUUUCAUUGGAAUCCUGCCAUCGGAGAUUUCGAAGUGUUGAAGGUGAAUGGAGGUUAUAAGGAUCACUACGAGACACAAACCGAUGUACGACUUUUCGCGCGUUUGGCUCAUGCCUUGCGCACUCCCUACAGCUGCUCGCUGUGUCACUUCUUUGCUACUGACGCUGCGAGUUACUGA